AUGGCGGCGAUGGUAUCGGGCUACGGAAAGACGCGGGCGGCCGGUCGUGCGGGUACCCAAUCCAUCGAGCCUGCGAUACCGUGUGUUGGCUCGUACUGUCAGCUCGUUAAAAACGAAAAUUAUUCCGCCAUCGCGAACCACAGUGAUUAUACAUCAAGCCGCCCGAGGGAAACUUCUCUCGCUCAUUGCCAGAUGAUUGAAGACCUCGCCUCCGACGGUCUGGCGUGCGAGCGAGAGGUGCUC